AAACAUUCUAAAUUUCAUUCCUUUUCUCGAAAAGGAUCGAAAACAUAAUUGCCGACGUAUCUUUUAGCGAGUCAUACGAACGCAUCGGCUGCGAACCAAGUUUUUACGCAGCCUGGAUCGCGCGGAUUCCCACGCUCCUUCUCUCCUAUAGAGACGCGAAGAUACCGACACGGAAUUGUUCCGCGAGCGUGAUCUCGAUACGAUCUGCUAUUAUAAUCGUUGCGCGAUCUUAAUUAUUAUCAUCGCUCCCUAAGAAUAAAUAAGACGCGGAACGAUGACACGAUGACGACGGCUUAGCUGCAGUUAAAACGCACCGCGCCGCGCAAUGUCAUGCAUAAUUGGCGCAUUUUCACGAUAUUUCAGAAGAUUUUUUGUUGGCCAUUUAAAUUGAUUGUCUUUGGCGACGCAUAUUUGCAUUCGCCUAAAAUGUGAAAUGACGAUCUAUAUUCAGAUAUCGCAGAUGCGAAUGCUGCGUGAACGAGGGAACAGCUGAUCGCGUGCAUCGAGUGUGCGCGCGCGUGUAUAACGUUGCGCGUCGUUCAUCGGCUGACCGAGAAGCCGAUGUCGGAGUGAUGUUGAAACGCUUGUAGCAAAUGUGAUAUUCAAUCGCUCUCGCGAUUUAACGAGCACUUGGAUGAAACUCUACUGCUUGUUGUAUUUGUGAUAUUAAUUACGUACCGCGAUAUACGCGAGUUUGAUUUAUUACGCGCACAUUUUUAGGUUACGUGCUAACAAAAAUCAAAGAACUGUAUAUAUUGUAUAAUAGAUUAACUAUUGCACAUAAAAUCGUUUCCAAAUGAAUUUAUUUGAAAAGUUGUUGUGUUAUGUGUAUUUUCUUUGAAUCAACUUCUUUUAAAUCAUGGGGGUGUAUGGUUUAUGGAAAUUGCUCGAAGCGUCCGGGAAACCGGUGCCCUUAGAGACCCUCGAAGGCAAGGUUCUGGCAAUUGAUAUAUCAAUAUGGAUAUAUCAAGUAUUGCAAGGAUAUCAGGAUCGUCACGGCACUCCCAGACCUAAUGCCCAUUUGCUCGGAUUGUUUGUCAGAAUAUGCAAACUUCUGUAUUACAAGAUCAAGCCUGUUUUUGUCUUCGACGGUGGUGUACCCAUGCUCAAGAAGAAUACAAUUGCCUCACGCAGGAAGCAGAAAUCUAUUGCCACGAGUAAGGCGCAGAAGAUGAAGGCGGAUUUGAUAAACAACUUGAUAAAGCACAGCGUCGUGAAGACCGUUCUUAGCAAGGAUUCCAAGGUGGACGAAAAUAGCGGAGCGAUGCGUAUAAUGAUAAAUUUACAAACUAAACGUCCCGACGAGGAUAUGUUUGUUCUGCCUGAUAUGCCUAGUACCAGCGAUGCACAAGUUCACGUUAGUGACGACGAUAAUGCUUCUGACACCUCCGUCGAGCUGAGUCCACGGAAGCAGUCCAAAUGGAUCGGAAACAUACACAGCGUUGAUGUAGCCAGCGGCGAAUUUAAAGCAUUACCCGCAGAUGUCCGUUAUGAUAUACUCACCGAUCUUAAGGAAACGAGAAAGCAAAAUUCCUGGGGCCGUUUGCAUGAAAUGCCCCAAGAAUCGCACGAGUUCUCAGGCUUUCAGCUGAAACGUUUGCUGAAACGUAGAUAUGUACAAGAAUCCUUAGAAUCCGCUGAGAAGGAAAUGGGCGGAAAAACACUGACGUUGGAAGAAUUGGAGAAAUUAUUGAUCGAACAAGGCAUCGAUACGAAGGGCAGAGAGGCGGCUUUUCGGAUAGCCGCGGAUAGCACAACCAGAUUGAUUUACAUCAGUGAUAAGAAUGCAUUGGCAAAAUGUGUCGACAAUAACGAAUUAGAAAAGGAUGAGUGUGAUACAUUACGAGAAGCAAAUGAGGAAGAAUUCGAACCUGUUGCUGGUCCAAGUAAUCUCAGGCCAAUUGUAGAAAACAUGAAUGAGUACAAGUUGAAUGAUGAUUCCGAUGAUGACGUCGAUGUAUAUAUUUAUAACGAUUCCAUCGCGGAAAACAUGAAUGAAUAUGCGUUGGACAGCGAUUGGGAAUCUGAAUGUGAUAUGAACGAGUCAUUGGCGCUGUUGUCUGAGAAAUAUUUGGGUACAAGCAAGACUAAUCCGGCAUUAACAUAUAUGCUGGAAUACAGCGGCUUGUCUCAGAAGCAAAUCGUACAUCUUCUAAAACACAAUAAAGAUGAAAGCCAUGAAAACGCAAGCAAAAACAUAAAAACGCCCGAAAAAGAUGCUUCCUUCGAAUUUGCGGAAGACGAGAAAACGGCGAAUAGUAAACCAAAACUAGGACUUUCUGAAAAUUGUGAACAAACUUCAAAAUUCACACAAUUGCAAAUAUAUGCACAAGAUACAUGCACGACCAACGACGAUACCACUGUGGAAUUAAUCUCAUCUGAACAAAAAUUGGAUGUCAUCGAAAUUGAACCGUCGAAAGAUACUGAGAUAUCAGAGAUUACUGUAACAUCGAACACCAUAAAUUUGGACAAUAAAACAACGUUUGAGAAACAUUCUUCUUCUAUCGCUAAAUUUAACGAUGAAGCACAGAUAGAUAGCUCAGACUCGGAUUCGGACGAUUUCGUAGAGAUACAAGAUGUUCCAAUACCUGAUGUAGAGAUCCCAAGAAAUAUCGUGAAAAAAGAAAACAUUGAGAUAAUUUUCAAGUCCGAUGAGAAACCGGAAGAAGACAUGUUCGCCGAUAUAUUCGAGGAAGCGAAUAAAAAUGGAGUUACACCGAUGAAUCGUUUAGAACAAUUACUGCGUGAUACAAACGGCGAACAUAAAACACUUUUAAUUGCCGAAGACAGUGAUAACUUGAAAAAUAGUUUAUUAGAUACCAUGCCAGAGGUACCAUUAACGGAAGAAGCGGAAAUUAAGUCGCUAGAAAAUACUUCAUUAACCAAAAACGCAGUAAACGUUGAAGACAAAGCACAUAAUUCCCAGAGUUCCGACGAACCAAUAGAAUGGAAUAAGACAAGUUUGCUCGCUCAAGGAAAUUCUUUUAACGAAUGUAUGCAAGAGAAACCAGUAACAUUGCCUGCAAAUGAAGAAGAUUUAAUAGAAUUGAAGGAAAAGUUAGAAAAUGAGCAAGAAGAACUUACAAGAGACAUUGGCAAGCUCGAGCGACAAGCUACUAACAUUUCCGACCAAAUAAAAAUCGAGGCGCAGGAACUGCUGCGUUUAUUCGGUAUACCAUAUUUGGUAGCUCCAAUGGAAGCGGAAGCGCAAUGUGCGUAUUUGGAGCAGAUUAAACUAACCGACGGCACAAUCACGGAUGACUCCGAUAUCUGGCUGUUUGGAGGCGAAUGCGUCUACAAGAAUUUUUUCAAUAACAACAAGAAAGUAUUACAAUUUCGCGCUUGUGAUAUUCAACAUCACUUUAAACUCAGUCGUAAUCAAUUGAUACAGUUGGCCCUUUUGGUCGGCAGUGAUUACACCGCGGGAGUAACUGGCAUCGGACCAGUCACCGCACUCGAGAUAUUAGCCGCGUUUCCCGCCGAAGGGGAUAACGUGCUACACGGAUUGCACAAUUUUUGCUCGUGGAUAAAAAAGGGAAGAAUUGCAGCUCCUGGGAAAACGGGUCUACGCAAUAAGUUGCGAAACGUGAAAUUGGAAAGAGAUUUCCCGAGUCAAGCGGUCGUCCAAGCGUAUCUUUUUCCCACGAUCGAUGAGUCGAAAGAAACUUUUACUUGGGGCAAACCGAACAUGGUGCUUCUUUGCGAUUACACUAGGCAGAAAUUUGGGUGGACAAAAGGCAAAUUUGACGACACAAUGAUACCGAUAUUGAGACGAAUAGAGGAAAACAAGAACCAAAAAUUGUUGGAUAUAUAUUUUAAAGCGAAAGCAUCUACGCGAUCUAUCGAGCCGAGCUUGAGUAAGAGAGUUCAAAAAGCAGUACGCAAGUUAAAUAAUGAUGAUAUCGAGGAAGCAAAUGUGGACGGAAAACCCCAAGCUAAGAGAAGUAAGAAGAGCGAUGCCAAUCAAAAGUCGAGCAAAGAAGAGAAUGCAGUUGCAGAACCUAAAGUAUCGACCUUUAAACCGCCGAGCAAAAUAAGCACUACUCCCGAUAAGCCUGUUAAACCCAUUAUUAAAAUAUAUACCAAAGAAUAUAUUCCGCAACGAGAAAAGGACAAAGCAUGCGCGUUGGAAAGAAAACUGCACGCAAUAGAAGUAUUUCGAAAAUCGAAACAAGGCUUAGUUAAGACAAAGAAGGUGAAGUGCACAACGCGAAAAGUCAAGAAAGAGGCAGAGUUAUCGGAAAGUGAUAGCGAUUAGAUUUAUUAUUCGAUUAAAAAGAUAGAGAUAUACAUUUUUAUAUAUUGUAAAUAAUUGUCCUUAUAAGAUUAAGAAUGUUUAUAAUAUUGAACAAGCUCAACCUGACUUUUGCAGUUUUGCACUUUCCUUGUAUCUUACGCACCUGUUAAUUGCCCUUAUUACAACUCUAAAGGUUUACAUACAAUAAUUUAUAAAAUUUUGCGUGUAAAAAAUUUCUUACAUAUAUAUUUUGAAUGUGUAAUUUCUUUUUAUAUCUUAUGGCUGUGUUCGGGGAGCGCGCUAUCAGCGCUAUCGCAUUAUUCUAUCUUUAUCGUUCAUUGGACAUAAAACAAGGAUAGAGUGACACAAUAGCGCUGAUAGCGCUCUCCCCGAACGCAGUCUAUGUAUAUAAUAUAUAUAAAUGAUAUAAAAAAUAUUUUUAUUAUCAUGUAGAUAAAUGUAAUAGAUGAUUUUUU